UUAGCUAGCUUAUGAGGGUUGAAACUGUAACAAAACAUCAGUUUAUUAAGAAAAUAAAGAAUGUUUACAUUCAACCGAAAGCCUGUUUAUUAACGUAAUAAAACCGUAUUCACGUUAACUCGUGUUUAAUUUCCACCAUUACUAGAAAGGUGUCGAGAAAGAUGUGUAGUCAACGUUAGCUCAAAAAUGCUAAUGACUGCAGCUUGCUAACUUAGCUAGCUAACAAGUAAACAUGCUGCAUCAAGUAGCCUUACACACUCGAACACAUAGCUAGAAGUUAAUAAUAGACAGCGUGGCGAGAGGAUCCUUAGCUACUUGUGGACUCAAACAGCAGGGAUGAAGAAGUGGAACUGGCAAGAAGGACAGCGACCGUACAGGCGACGAGGUGCUGGUCAACGCCAUGGUUGGUAUAGAGGCAACCGGCAAAGGUCAACACAGGAUGAUCAGUGGUCUGGACAUAAUGAUGCAGGGCCAUCAUUUAGAGCAUCUCAGAGGAGAAAUGAAAACCAGUCUGCGCCUGUUUCGUCGUCCUCCUCUUCUUCCUCUAAUAAGACCAGCAGUGCUGCACCAGAGCUGCCUGGUUUCUACUUUGACCCGGAGAAAAAUCGUUACUUUCGCCUGUUGCCUGGACAUAACAACUGUAACCCGCUGACCAGAGAGCAGUUGCAGGAGAAGGAAAGAGAGAAACAGAGAAACAAGAUGCUCGCGGAGGAUGAAAAGCCCAGAAAAAAAGCACCAAGAACAGGACUGAACUCUUCGCUGCUGCUGCAGAAAAGACACCUUGGCAUGUUACCAGAGAACUCCUAUUGCAGGCUGGUCCAUGAGGUGAAGGUCAGUGGAAUGAGACGCCACAAACUAGAGAUCCAGAGCACGGACAACAGCAACCCCAACACUGACAACUUCCGGCUCAUAGUGGGGGACUCUGCAUGUGAGCGAGUGUUCACAGUCAAUGAUGUGUCACACGGAGGCUGCAAGUACGGCAUCAUGAACUUCAGCAGCAGCAGCCGGGGAUCUCUGUCUGUGGAAAUGUGCGACAACCUCUACUUCACAAAUCGCAAGGUGAAUUCCAUCUGCUGGGCCUCGGUCAACUACCCAGACUCCCACGUCUUGCUGUGUCUGGUAGGAGCGGCAGACACCCCCGGCUGCGUCAGUUUACUUCCUGCUUCCCUCUUCAGCAACUCCAACCCAGACCAGCCCGGGAUGCUGUGUAGCUUUAAGAUAUCGUCAGCCUGGUCUUGUGCGUGGUGCUUCAACCCCCAGUUUGACAAGACUUUUAGCACUGGCCUGUCUCGUAGAGUGAUAGUGAAAGAUGCAGAGACGGGCCGAACGCAGACGUACAGCACCGGCAGCGAUGUCUUGGCUCAGCAGUUUGCCCUUAGGGUCCCUGUUCUGUUUAACGGUUGCCGAUCAGGAGAGAUCUUCAGCAUUGACCUGCGGCAGCGCGGCGGCCGCAGGGAUCAAAGCUGGAAAUCCAGCCGCUUCCAUCAAGAAUCAGCCAUCACCUCCAUACGCGUCCUGCAGGAUGAGAACUACCUGCUUGCUGCUGACAUGCUGGGCCAGAUUAAGCUGUGGGAUGUGCGAGUGACUAAGGCAGUGCAGGAGUACAAAGGGCACUAUAAUGAGCACGCCUACCUUCCCAUCCACGUCAAUGAGCCUGAGGGGCUUGUGUUGGCAGUCGGUCAGGAUUGCUACACAAGGUUAUGGAGCCUAAAAGAUGGCCACCUACUGAGGACUAUCCCAUCCCCCCACCCGACCGCAAACGACCUGAUCCCGAGCGUGGUCUUCUCCUCCAAGUUGGGUGGCUGCAGGGGGCUCCCCGGCCUGCUAAUGGCCGUCAAACACGACCUUUACUACUUCCCAUACAGCACCGACUACCAGGAAGGAGGAGAGCAGCCGGCCAGCUUUUAGGGAAAGACUCAGAAUGCUUCUUCUCAAAAAUCAUUCUUAAGACAAGGACACCAUCUUUUUCUUUUUGCCAAAUGUACGGAUGGAGUUAUAUUCAUAUAUAAAAUCUAUAGGUAUUUUAUAAUUGAAAGGGUUCGACCACGUGUGCAGGUCAUUUCCACAAGGUUGCAGUGAACUUUUGAUUGGGAAGAUGACCUCGGAAGAGUUACAUUGAAGUCUCAGGGGAAAGUUAUUUUUUGACCCACGUGUUUGUGCCAAAAGGAAUUAGAAGUGCUAUAUACACGAGUGCACACAAUUACUACAGUUAAGAUUUGUGUAACCUUUACACAAAAGUGCUCUUACUUGUGACAUAAUUGACGGUAUGAUUUCUAAUGUAAUUUAAGAUGUCUCUGAUCUGAAUUUGAAAAGAAUGAUACUGCGUUUAUACUAUAAAUCAGUUUAUAAUUGCUGUUAUUCUAAAGAAAAAAGAAAGAAAUGGUUAACACAGUGAUCUGUUGCAUUGUAUUUGCUCCUAAGUGACACACAGACGGAGUUUCUGCAGUUUAAUACAUAACGGUAUGAGCAUACAUGAAUGUAAAGGUAUUGAUUUGUUCUUUGUGAUAUUCACUGAACAUCUCUCACUGAGAUAGGGACAGUGAUUAGAUAGUUCACUGAUUCAGGUCCAAGUGUUAUUUCAGCUUAUUUGUUAAAAUGGUAACCAAACCAACUCUCCUAGUCAGAACCUGAUAGGAAAAAAAACAGAUCAAUACAGUCAAAAGCCUAUCUGCAUCAUUAUAUGUUGUAUUUGUCAGAUAAUUGUGUGGGACAGUCUCAAAACGUUGUCCACUUGGUGCUCCUAGCUAACUAGCCACACAGCCUGAGUUGACAGAGUAAACGAUUACUCUUCUAAUUAGUUCCUGGUUUGAGGGGCCAGCCUCAAAGAUGGUUUCAAGUCUUCUCUGUUCCAUAUUGCUUCUGUGAGCCAGCCACUAUAAAAGCAGUUGCAUUUCAUCCCACUGCAGUCAGAUUUGUCUUGUUAGAUAACAGUUUUAACAUUUUAAAAAACGAGGCCAUUUCUUUCUUCCUAUUUAAGUAAACUGUUUUCCCAUAUAUGUAUAUUCUAUGCAAAAUAACAAGGUCGACAGCAUUAUUAAGGCUGUUCUAUUAUCUGCCCAUUCAAAUGGACAAACAACCACAAAGCAUUGAGGGAUGAUGUAAGAAGUUAAUACUGUGUGAUUCUAUAAGUCGGAAUGCAUCUCGGACCAUGCUACAAUAAAUCGUUGGCUUCC